UAGUCAGGCUGUGCUGCUGCUAAAUUUCACUCCAACAUACAAGAGUGCACAGAGUAGUACAGAGGUUUGUUUUUCUUGGACACUCAGCAUGCAUUGGGUACCUGAGAUACUGGCAGGAGUCUUGGCUGUUGUGUGCAUAACCAUUGGCUAUGGUGCUCCUUCUGGUACCACAGUCAGGAUGGUUACCACAGCAAAGAGCCAAAACCAAAGGAAUAUCACCAUGGGAGCUCCACGAGCCAAUGGGACCGUGCAACCAACACCAUAUGGGGAUGAGAACCUGGAGGAGCCUCUUCCCAAGGACAGAAGGAUGAGACUAUCAGAAGAGAAAAUCCCAGACAAGGAAGCAUGUCCCCCGCUGGGCCUGGAGUCGCUUCGAGUGUCCGAUUACCAGCUGAGAGCAUCCAGUACCAAGCGCUAUGGCCUGGGGGCCCACAGAGGUCGUCUCAACAUACAGUCUGGAAUCUACGAUGAUGAUAUUUUUGAUGGAGGCUGGUGCGCAGAUGAGAAGAAUACCCAGCAGUGGUUCGAGGUGGAUGCCAGAAGACUCACACGCUUUACUGGAGUCAUCACUCAGGGCAAGAACUCCAUAUGGACAGAUGACUGGGUGACGUCGUACAAAGUGCAGGUCAGCAACGACACCCAUACCUGGAAGACUUGCAAGAAUGGGACAGAGGAGGUGAUAUUUAAAGGCAACAAAGACCCUGAAACUCCAGUGCUGAACCAUCUUCCCACCCCGAUGGUGGGCCGCUACAUCAGAAUUAACCCACAGACUUGGUUUGAAAAUGGCACUAUCUGCUUGAGAGCAGAGAUCAUAGGAUGCCCACUCCCAGACCCAAACACAGUGUUUAUGUGGGAACAUGAGCCACAGCCCACGGAUAAGCUGGACUUCAAACAUCACAACUACAAGGAGAUGCGGAAGCUGAUGAAAGCUGUCAACGACGAAUGCCCUGAGAUCACUCGAGUUUACAGCAUUGGCAAGAGUUACCUAGGUCUGAAAAUGUAUGUCAUGGAGAUUUCUGACAAGCCGGGACAGCAUGAACUUGGUGAGCCGGAGUUCCGGUACGUGGCCGGCAUGCACGGUAAUGAAGUAGUUGGUCGGGAGCUGAUGCUGAACCUCAUGCAGUAUCUUUGUAAGGAGUAUAAGAAGGGCAACCCACGUGUCGUGCGCCUGGUGAAAGAGACUCGCAUCCACUUGUUGCCAUCUAUGAAUCCAGACGGAUAUGAGCAGGCCUAUAAAUUGGGAUCUGAACUGUCUGGAUGGGCCAUAGGUCGCUGGACCUUCCAAGGGCUUGACUUGAAUCACAAUUUCGCAGACUUAAAUACUCCUCUCUGGGAAGCUGAAGAUAAUGAAGAUGUUCCUCACAAGUUCCCUAACCAUUAUAUCCCAAUUCCUGAGAACUACAAUUUCCCUAAUGCAACGGUGGCUCCUGAGACCCGUGCUGUCAUUGACUGGAUGAAGAAAAUCCCUUUUGUACUCAGUGCUAACAUGCAUGGAGGUGAGAUGGUGGUCACUUACCCCUUCGAUAUGACCCGUUCUUACUGGAUGGCCAAAGAACUUACUCCUACUGCUGACGAUUCCAUGUUCCGCUGGCUUGCCAUUGUCUAUGCCACCAGCCACCGCGUCAUGGCAGAUGACAACCGCAGGAUCUGCCACACAGAAAACUUUAUGAGACACGGCAAUAUCAUCAACGGAGCAGACUGGCACACUGUAGCUGGCAGCAUGAAUGACUUCAGUUACCUACACACCAACUGCUUUGAGGUAACUAUAGAGCUCUCCUGUGAUAAGUUCCCCCACGAGGUGGAGUUGCCCUCAGAGUGGCAGAAUAACAAAGAGUCUCUGCUGCUGUUUAUGGAGCAGGUUCAUCGAGGUAUAAAAGGUGUUGUACGGGAUAAGGACACCGAAAAGGGCAUUUCUGGAGCCAUCAUUGCGGUGAAUGAGUUAAACCAUGACAUCCGUACAGCUGUGGAUGGAGAUUACUGGCGCCUUCUCAACCCUGGGGAGUAUGAGGUGACUGCCAAGGCCGAGGGCUACCAUCCUUCCACCAAAUCUUGCCGGGUGACCUAUGAAAACCAUGCCACCAUCUGUGACUUGUACCUAACCAAAACUGCAAAGCAGCGAUUGAGGGAGAUGCUCGCCAGUGGCAAAAAGCUGCCCAAAGAGCUCAUGCUUCGACUGCGCCAACUGAGAAGCCGCAAGUUUAAAUCUAUGAGCCCCAAGUGAAUGGUGAAAAGGCAAAGGACGGAGCACAGGGUGGACAACAGAUACGUCUUUACCCCCCUCUGAGAGGCUGAACUCGUUUGUACAGAGCGGCAGAUGCAUCAAUUCUAAAUACAAACCAGUUGGAUCCAAUAUCUGCUUCCCAUUAUGCUCCUUGAUUUUUACUGCAGUUUAGUAAGAAGGAUUUGGAGGACCUACCUGUAUAUAUGUUUUAUAUGUCUCAGAACAGCCCAUUAAAUCAGACACUUCUGCACUAAAGCAGGUGUCACGUUCCCUAAAAAAAACUAUUUUCACCAUUUGCUUUUGCUUUAUAAUUUGGCAAUAUUCCUGUUUGUGUCCAAAGCACCGAGCAAGGAUAAAAUGAUGGAUAAAAUGAUGGAUUAAAUGGGGGGCAGUUUUAAUACAAAUGAUACAACCCCCUAAACUGAAAGUCUUUGUGAAUGUGCAGCGCAUAUCUGAAGACGUGUAAGUAUAUACCGUUCAGAGACGUAAGUGUUUCCAUUAUGGAGUAAAUACAUUCCCUAGGGAGAAUGUAUACUACAGGUAUGGGAUCCGUUAUCCAGAAAGCCCCGAAUUACGGAAAGGCCACCUCCCAUAGACUCCAUUAUA